AUAGUAGUCAAAUUUGCCUAGGAAAACAACUCCUUUACCAAAUCGAAAGCAUAAUCCAAAAAACAAAAACAAAAUUUGAAGAACAAUUUUUUACAAACAAUUAACAAUAAACAACUUUUGAAAAAUAUGGCCAGUCCCACCUCCCAUUCUCAACCCGAAUCUGAAUCCAUGAACCUCUCCUCCUACCCUGUCAUCCACCCGACCAGAAACCCAACUCCCAGCACAGCCACCACCUUCCAUCACCUUUGCAUCAACCAAGACCACACCUGCUUUGCCGUCGGCCUCAGCACGGGUUUCCGGAUCUUCUUAACCAACCCGUACAAACCCAUCAUGCACCGCGAAAACUUGGAAACAUCCUCCGGUGGGAUCAGGUUUGUCGCCAUGCUCUUCCGGCACAACAUAAUGUGUCUGAUCAAUGGCGCCACCAACUGCGUCAGAAUUUGGGAUGAUGUCAGCAGCCGGUACCUCGGCGAGAUCCCGUGCCGUGCCGAAGUGAAGAACGUUAAGCUUGGGCUUGAUAGAAUCGUUGUCGUGUUGACGCAGAGAAUUACGGUUUAUGGGUUCAAGGACCUUAGGGUUUUGCAUGAAAUAGAUACAGUAGUAAACCCUAACGGGUUGUGUGAUGUGUCAUACAACCCGGGUGGUAUGAUGCUUGUUUGUCCCGGGUUACUUAAGGGACAAGUUAGGGUUCAGAAUUUCGAGUUCAGCAGAACAGAGUUUAUAAUGGCGCAUGAUUCGAAUAUUGCGUGUCUUGCUUUGACUUUGGAUGGGCGUUUCUUGGCUACUGCGAGUUGUAAAGGAACUUUGAUUAGGGUUUUCAAUACAUCGGAUGGAUCGCUUCUGCAAGAGGUGAGGAGAGGAGCAGAUAGAGCAGAAAUAUACAGCUUAGCUUUUUCUAAAACUGCCCAAUGGCUAGCUGUUUCAAGUGACAAAGGAACUGUUCAUGUUUUUGGCCUUAAGAUUCAUUCUGAUACUUCACUAACUCAAACUACUACUACUGUGCCUCAACUUGAUGUUUCCAGUAACGCUUCAUCUCUUUCCUUCUUCAAAGGUGUAUUACCAAAGUAUUUCAGCUCAGUGAGGUCAGUGGCUCAGGUAAGAUUGAAGGAAGGUGUGAAGUACCUUGUUGGCUUUGGAAAGAACGACUUCACUGUUGUAAUUGUUGGCAUAGAUGGAAGCUACUAUACAUAUGAGUUUGAUCCAGUGGAAGGUGGAGAAAUGAGUCGGCUUGAAUAUUAUAAUUUCAUGAAGAAUGAAGAAACAUUCUGAAGUCUAUCGAUUUCUGUUAACAUUAUCAGUUUUUAGUGCUUGUAUUUGUACAUGUUGUCUAAAUUCUUUUAGGAGGCUGGUAAUUUCUGUAAAGGUAUACAAGUAAAUGAAAUGUCA